GAUCUCUAUAACGUCAUGAGAAGGUUCAGGUUUUAACAUUCCACUUCCUCCGCGAGACUCUUAUUCAAUGUCACUUACUGUGAUUUCUGAAUGGAGACUGAUGUAAAAGGCGGGAGGCAGUGAUAAGGACGAGCCGCAACCAGUUCAUACUGAGAGGAGACAUAUGAACUGCUCAUGUCAUAUUUCAGGCGAACCAUGCUAGAGUUUCUCAGGAAAUACAUGCAAUGGAAGUUCCUGAAUUUGAGACUUUCUACACCAAAAAUAUUCUCGCUGAUGAGGUCGGUGCAAGGAACGAAGUCACUGGUGGAAUUCAGACUGCCAACGAGGAGGGAUGCUCACGACCAAUUCAAUGGCGAUGGUUGGCUGGAAGGAAGAAGAAUCCAUCCGAGAAGGAGGAAGGAGGGAGAAGGGUCCCCGUUGGCAAUCUUGGCAGGAAGAAGAAUCCACCCGAGAAGGAGGAAGGAGGUGGGUAAAAGAAGGUACACGGUAAAUCUGAAAGUCUGGAUCUGCCACAGCAAUCCCAGAUUCGUUUGGGCGAGAGAAAUCGGAGGAUACACAGAACCGCAAGAAGAUACCGUCACCGAGUUCAUAAGCCCCGGAGAUGGUCAUCAAUUCCAGCGAAGAGCUACCAAUCUGAAGAUCUGUGGUUUGGGUUAUAAAUCCAUGUUGAAGAGGAUCCAUUGUGGAGAACGAGAUUGGCGACGGAAGGAAACCAGAUUUGCUUGUCCUGACAUUUGAAGAAGUCUCGGUUGUGAGGAUCCCUCUCCGACGAAGCAAAAUCCGAAGAUGGUGUGUGGGCGAUUCUCAAGCCAGAGCAUGCUGAUUCUCUUGCCCUUUGAGUUGAUGGGAUUUUCUGAGAGCUGAGUUGAUCGUGGAAUCUCAGCGAAAUGCUGCUGGACCAUUAGAUGAAUGCUUUGCGAAACCUUCCUCCCGUCGUCGUGAACUCAGGUUUUGAUUGAUUGUCGGGUUUGAGAGAUUGACGGUUGGGUUGGGGAAGAAGCAGAAGAGCACGUCUGGUCUUGGAGAUUUUAUAAUCGAAUUCGCUGAUGGGGAUUUGGGAAGGUAAGACACUGUCCGCAACAUCGUCGUAAUCCUAUCCUCUUGAGACAGUGGCUAGGCAUAGGCGAAGAUGUGCAGGUAAUGCUUGCCUUGUGGAUUAACCAAAAACUGGAGUACCUGUACUAUAACUUCUGGAGAGGACAGUUGAUUGGGAGCAGCAACUCAAGAAAGCAUAUAUGUGCUUUUGAAGUAGGUCCAG